ACCAUUACCGAUAACUGAAAUAAUAAUAAUAAUUGAAGUGUUCAUUUUACAGUUUAUGUAGUAUGACCGUUGCGGAUUUAAUUUAUGCUCUUCGAUAGGUAUUCUUCGGUUUUUAUCAAUUGUGGAAGACGUUUGUGUUGUUUUCAAUAAUAACGAUGUUAAUCAAAUGUUCGCUUACCAUCCAAGAUUUAAACCACCCACAUUUGAACUCACGACCGCUCAAAUCGUGUGUGAUGACCAGAAAAUCAAAUAACAACUACUAUGUGUCUGUUAAAAAUUCAAUGUAUCCGAAUAUUAAAAACUACAACUUAGCCAUGGUGAAAAAUAUAUUCCGCAGAUUCAUUACAGAAGGAAAGUUGGGAUUGGAGUUCACAGAGCCCAAACACGUAUUGUUGAUAGAUUCUGAACAAAAAUCAGAAGUUAUCAUGUUCCACGCUCAAAUUAAGGCCAUACUUGACGGUAAAAAAGUGAACAUCGGUUCACGUCUAAUGCCUAAGGCGGUAUCGACUAAAAAAGCCGUUAUUAAUCGUUUUGAUCCAAAGGCUCUCAAGUUUGUAGCUGAAAAUCGUUUUGAUAAUCGUGUUUUAAACAUGAGACAUUUGACUACACUCGUGUUGGAAAAAUGUGAUUUGCCUACAAUUCCUGUAGAAAUUGGUCAUUUACCCAUUACAUAUCUUAGCAUAUCGGGUAGUAAACUAGCUACUAAUCAAGAUACCUUCUGGAAUUGGACGUCUAUAACCACAAUUUGUGAUACAUUAUUAGUCUUAAAAAUGGAUUCCCUCGGUCUGAAAAGAUUGCCAUUUGAAAUAAUGUUCCUGAGAAAUCUACAAGAGUUAUCAAUAUCCCACAAUUAUUUGUCAUAUUUACCUCAGUUUAUCGGCGAACUCAAGAAACUCAAAAGUAUAUUUGUUAAUGACAAUUCGUUAGUAUACUUACCUCAUUGUUUAUCUUCUAGAGUCUUUAAUUCCAUCGAUAUAUCAGAUAACUUAUUUAAUACCCCGAGAACUCAACCAUAUGAUCAUUUACUUCAAUAUUUAUCAGUAUUUGAAAUUGAGAUAGAAGAUUUUGACCAUGUAAAACCAUUAAGUCAUUUUGCAUUGUUUAGUUUGAUGGAUAAUUGUGUACCAUUCAAGAGACAAGAUCUACCUCGUACACUAUGGAUAUAUUUUAAUUUAUUGGGUCGUUGUGUUUUCUGUAUGAGAUGGAUAUUACCAGAUUACUCUCAAAUAAGUCUUACACAUUUCUUACCUAGAGCAAUAGAAUUAAUUAAAGAUCAGGGAACCACCAGUAUACCAUGGCAAUCAAUGCUAUGUAGUAUUCCAAAUAUUUGUACAAGACAGAUUUAGUAUAAGCUAUAAUUAUAUAUAGCAAUAUGAAAUUAUAAGUAUAACAAUUAAUUAAUUAAGUGGUCAUAAACAAUUCAUUUUCGAUCAUCAAUCAUUGUUUUAUUGUUAAACUAAUAAUUUUCUCAUUGCACUAUAAAUGAAAACCGUGAAAUAAUAAAU